AUGGGUCCUGAAGAGUCGCUGCUGCCCAAAAAUCUGCAGGAGGUGGAGGUCCCCAUCGUGGCCGAUGAGAUCUGUCGGCAGCAAUACCUCAGGAUCAACAAGGUUAUCCAGGACGACGAGCUGUGUGCUGGGAGCAAAGGCCGGGACUCCUGUCGGGGUGACUCUGGGGGCCCCUUGGUCUGUAAGUGGAGAGGCACCUGGGUCCAGGUAGGCGUGGUGAGCUGGGGGAGCAAGUGCGGUCUUCGCAAAUUUCCUGGAGUCUAUGCCCGAGUGACAUCCUUCUUGCCUUGGAUCCACCUUCAUAUUCAUUCCUCUCCUUGA